AUGAGCAUGUUCAAGCGUGCCAAUGCCACGUACGCGGCACAGAACAAAGCCCCACAGCCUGCGAAGCCUCUGGCUAAGCAGCUCUUCCCCUCGAGCAGCCCGAGCCCCAGGCGCGAUGCCAGCAUCAAAGACCAGUUCCAGAACAUCAACGGCUCCUCCUAUGGCUCUUCCAAAUUCAGCCAGUCCUCGAAGCCCACUGGGCCCCUCCAGCCUCGAUCAUCCAACUCCUCCCAAUCGAUGAAUCCCCCUCCACAGGUCAACCGGACGGUUAAUAGCAAGCCGUUUGCUUCGCUGUACAACAGUCAGAACUCGUUCGAAAGCCCCGAUGUCAUAGAUCUGACUGGUGGCAAUGUCCAAGCUUCCACGCGUGGGAAGCUUGUCGACGAAGUUGACUAUUUCGACGAUGACUUCAGUGAUGAAGUCGAUCUGGAUUACGAAUGCCCUUCCGCCCUCCCGCCUCUAAAACCAGAGUCCACACCAGCCAAGAGAGUCGCCGAAGCGCCUCCCACCGACAGUACAAGCGUGCUAUCUUGGUCUCAAUCCUCGCCGACUCACUUUCAGCCCGCCCGAUCUGUAUCACAAUCGACCAAUUCCCAGGGUGCUACCAAACGGGCGUUUACCGAAGACGCUGAUGCACCACCGGCCAAGCCAGUUGCGAAGAAGCGGUCACUACCACCACAGUACCUUCACAAGAAUGAUGACGAUGAUGUAAAACCGUCCUCCAAAUACGGCAGCUCAACUCCAGCGGCAAAACCUCAAUCAAAACCAAAAGAGUCACGGACGUGGGACCUCACUCCCGGAGCCAUCAAGGAACAGCAGAAGCUAUUGAAGAAUAAAUCUAAGAAAACUGGAGUAUCUGGCGCUGAAGCGUCUGCGGAAGACAUGCAGCAAGCCAUCAAAUCAUACACAGUCAAGCAAUCCGCCAUUUCUUUGAGCAGCGAACAGGAGCACGUCAAGAAGCUGGUGUGUGAGAAGGGCCAAAGCGUCUUUUUCACAGGUCCUGCAGGAACUGGAAAGUCUGUGUUGAUGAGAGCUAUCAUUCAGGACCUCAAGAAGAAGUACGCGAAGGAUCCAGAGCGUCUUGCCGUCACUGCCUCAACUGGCCUGGCGGCUUGCAACAUCGGGGGCAUGACUCUGCACAGUUUUGCUGGAAUUGGCCUGGGCAAGGAUGAUGCGCAAACUCUCGUCAAGAAGAUUCGGCGCAACGGCAAAGCCAAAAACCGUUGGAUGAGAACCAGGGUUUUGAUUGUAGAUGAAAUUUCGAUGGUGGACGGCGACCUUUUUGACAAGCUGUCACAGGUAGGAAGAAUCAUCCGCAACAAUGGCCGGCCUUGGGGCGGUAUCCAGCUCGUCAUCACAGGAGACUUCUUUCAGUUGCCUCCCGUGCCGGACAGCCACAGCAGAGAUACCAAGUUCGCCUUCGAGGCGGCUACUUGGAAUACUUCUAUCGAUCACACGAUAGGACUUACUGAGGUCUUCCGUCAAAAGGAUCCAGUCUUCGCUCAAAUGCUCAACGAGAUGCGUCUCGGUCAUAUUAGUGAACAGACCGUUGAAACCUUCAAAAAGAUGUCUCGACCAAUCCAUUUCAAUGAUGGUUUGGAAGUCACCGAGCUGUUCCCAACAAGGCAAGAGGUUGAGAACUCAAACCAGAGGAGAUUAAGAGAACUUCCCGGUGAAGUUCACCGGUAUGAGGCACUGGACGCGGGCGACCCGAACAUCCGCGAUAAACUGUUAGGAAACAUGAUGGCUCCUAAGGUAUUGGAGCUGAAAAAGGGAGCCCAAGUGAUGCUGAUCAAGAACCUGGACGAAACUCUUGUGAACGGAUCUUUAGGCACCGUCAUUGGAUUCUCGACGGAAAGUGCGUUCGAGAUUUCGGGCGGUCUUUUCGAUGAGGAGCACGAAAAUGGAGAUGAUGUUGACCCGAAAGUCAAGAAGAGACUCGCCGCCUUCAGUCGACAAUUGUCCGAUAAUGCCGGACCCGACAAGAAGAAGUUCCCACUGGUGCAGUUCCAUGCUGUUGAUGGAACAGCAAGGAUUAUGCUCUGUUGCUCGGAGCCCUGGAAAGUCGAGACACCGACUGGCGAGGUGCAGGCAUCGAGGGAACAGUUGCCGCUUAUAUUGGCCUGGGCCCUUUCCAUCCACAAGGCACAAGGCCAGACCCUCGCACGGGUCAAGGUCGAUCUAGGCAAGGUCUUUGAGAAAGGACAAGCGUACGUUGCCCUCAGUCGUGCGGUCACCCAAGAAGGGCUGCAGGUCCUUCGUUUCGACAGGAGAAAGGUCAUGGCGCACCCUCGUGUCGUGUCGUUCUACCAAAAGCUGUACAGUGCAGAAUCGGCCCUCAAGAAGAAGACUGGCUCAUCCAUCGCGAACUUUGCGUACAAAUCAGCGAGGCCGUCCAAGACUACGACCAUGGCCGAAGAGGACGAUGAGGAGGAGGCGAUGGCAUCAUAUGGGUAUUAG